AUGAAAAUGCGUGGGGCACUCUUCACGGCAGCAGUUAUCUUCGUCAUCUGUUUAUUUUUAUUAGUUGUAGAAGGCUUUGAUGGAGCUGAUGGCUUGAACAAAAGACAACCUCAAAAUCCUGGUGGUGGUGGUGCUGCUGGUGGCGGUGGUGGUGCGGCUGGAGGCAAUGGAGGAGCUACCGGAGGUAAUGGAGGAGCUGCCGGAGGCAAUGGUGGAGGAACUGCUGGAGGCAAUGGAGGAGCUGCUGGAGGCAAUGGAGGAGCGGCUGGAGGCAAUGGAGGAGGAGCGGCUGGAGGCAAUGGAGGAGGUGCUGCUGGAGGCAAUGGAGGAGGUGCUGCUGGAGGCAAUGGAGGAGGUGCUGCUGGAGGUACUACCAAUACAGGUGCGACCAAUGCAACUACAGGCGUUGCGAGUCCGACCACCACCUCAGCAACUCCGACCAGUACUUCAAACGAAACUAUAGUUGAUCCAAAUGUGCCUCAAGGCCAAAUACAAAUGGUGACACCAGCUGUAACUGCUAACAAAGCUCUAUACAAAAUUGGCACCAAAGUCACAUUUUCCUGGAAAUAUAGUCCAACGGCGAUGCUUGCACCUAAAAAUUUAACUAUGGAAGCACAAGCAGGCGCGAACAAAAACUGGUACCCGAUAGCAAACCUCUCUGGAGAUGCCACAAACUACGUGUGGGACACAUCAAAUCAGAGUCCUCCGUUGUUAAAUAGUGAUUAUACGCUUUGGAUUUACGAUGAACGAGGAAGAACGCCAGUCCCAUCACCUGGACAUUUGGCCCCGUUUUCGGGAUUGAUAUUUGCAAUGUAUACACCUGAGCCCUACACACCUUACGAUGGUUACCAAUGCGCCACUUGCAGUGCAGGUUCAUCUCUUCCAAUAAUACCGAUAACAGUGACUAUUGGUAUUACCGUCUUAACAAUGAUUAGGUUUGCAUUUCUCUUAAGUUAG